AUGAGUGAUACUCGAUCCAGGCCAGACGAAACGAUGGACGAUGCGCCUCGUCCCUUCAAGAAACGGGCGUACGGAUACUCGUGCCUGCCCUGUCGUGAAACGAACACGGUGUGCAUGGCUGCAGGUCGCAAGGCGCCUAAGAAACGGGAUCCUGUGGCAGAGACACAACGCAUGGACGACUUUGAGCGCCGUCUUCGGCGCCUGGAAGCCCUAGCGAAGGUGUCGUCUCGUUCGCGAUCCAGGACGCCGCCGCAGAAGAUAAGCUCUGCACCUCGAACCCAGCAACCGUCGUGGGCCAGCUCCAAUCCCGACCAUGAAGAUGAGCUGGGGCGGCCACAGUACGACCUCGGCUCAGCAGCUCGCCCAGUGUACCACGGCGAGCUGAGCAUGUUUGACGAACCGGAUCAACGUGGAUCACUGGACGCACCGGCCUCAUCAUCGCCACUCUUUGAAGGGGGAAGUCCACAGUCAUGGACGGAGGACCAGCUCCGUGCCGCUGCACGCUUGAGACAUCGAUACGCGAAAGCCGAAGAGGGCGAAGUAUGGGUGGACGCCUACUUUUCCUGGGCCAGCCCCGUCUACGCCGUCGUUCACAGGCCUAUCUUCAUUCGCGACAUGGCACUGGAUGGUCCAUACUUUUCCGACUUUCUGCUCAUCAUCAUUUAUAUCACUGGCAUUCGCCUUACAUACGGCAUGGACGAGCGGGAGCGGAUCUUCAAGGGCGAGCAGUUUGUCAGUCUCGCCAUGAACAUGCUCGCUGAGGAAACUAUGGGCCCACCCCGUAUCCCCACUAUUCAAGCGCUCAUUGGAUUGGCGGGCAGACAGAGUGCGGUCGGCAAGACCAACCAGGCGUGGAUGCUCACCGGCAUGGCUAUCCGAAUGAUGCAGGAGAUGGGCUUGCAUUUACCUGUGGAGGACGACUCUCGUUUCUCGCCCGAGGACCGUGACAUGCGUAUUCGCCUGUUUUGGAGCGGCAGCGGCGUUGAUAUCCUACUCAUCCGAACGGGCAACGCUUUCAUCCGGGAAGAAGCGAUCCAGCGAGUCCACCUCUCUCUCGACAUCCUGGAGCAAGCAUCGUCGCAAGGUCCGGGCAUCAAACGAGGCAUUAUGACGAUCCGGACUCAACUCGACUUGGCGACGAAGGACGACCGGACGGUCAAGGACUUGGCGCAGCCUGCUAGUGUGGAACAGACUAUGGGGUCGGCACUGCCUCAGCAGCAGGCGUCGACUUCGACAUGGCUGCAGGCCGACGUUAGCCUUGACGGUGCCCUUUGGGACCACCAGCUACUGCUAGAUAUGCUUGAUUCUGCCCCUAUCAGCACCGAGAACCCAUUUUCAUUUGGGCAUGGAUCCAACGACGGGUUAUGGGCGUUGUAA